AUGUCUCGUACUUACUCGUCUGACUCGUCGCAGUCGACAGUGGCCACGCUUUUCGCGGGCCCCGGGAGAGCGUCUAACGACACGCCAUCGAAACUGACUUCACACCUCCAGGAUAAUGUUGGAUUUCGCUUUGUUCUCGACAACACAGUCCAGACACUCUCAAGCUACGAUGCGCCGAAAUCCGGUGCCAUCUCGGGUCUCUUAUUCGUCCCCAGUCUCGAGCCCAAAGACCCAUGUAAUUCAAUUACUUUACCAUGGGUGCCCUCAAAUGUGACACGCCAUGAAGAUGUCUGGCAGUUCGGAUAUCCCAUUCUCGGCCUGGCCCCUUGGGUGAAUGUCGAGUGCACAAAAUCCUUCUUGGCUGCCUCGGAGAAAGUUGGAAUACAAGCCCUCAUCUUUUUCCAGCCCUCCAGCAACGAGACGGGACUACCACCGCCACCCAACGACGAUCUGUGGAAUUUGAAUGAUCGGGAUGCAUGGAAAUCCGACAACCACUACCCCGUCUAUGCGAUCCCUGGUCCGGCAGGUGAAACACUGAUGCGCGAGCUUUCUUGGUUCUCGGAUGGUGGGAACAGGAACAAUAUCAGCAACAGUAGCCAGCCGUUCAUGGAUAAUCAUGCGGAGGAUAGUAGGCUCUUUGCCAUGAUUGACAUCACAAGCCAGAUGCCGAGUCUCUGGGGGUUCAUCCUGGCUAUUUUGGGAACUAUCCUGGUGCUGACUCUGAUCAUCCUGGUUCUCUACCGUCUUUUACAGCGACGGCGGCGGAAUACGCUCCGCAGACGUAUCGAUGCAGGCGAAGUCGACAUCGAGUAUCUGGCGUUGAAUCAAAUCAAGGUUCCUCGCAAUGUCGUCGAAGAACUGCCGCUUUACACUUAUCCCAGCAUCGAAUCACCCCCGGCGGCGACACUGGCCAAAAACAAUACGCACUCUGGUGUGGCUGAGGUCAAUGGUGACCUCGAAUACGCCACAUCCUCCGUUGAGAACGUGGACGAUGCUAGUCUAAAGAAGCCUAAGCCCGCGGUGAUCAGCUCAGCCGCACAGACUGAGCCUGAAGACCCGAAAGCCCAUUAUCGACUGAGCCACACGCAAACCACCUGCGCGAUUUGUCUUGAUGAUUUCGUGGUCGGGGAAUCCACGGUCCGGGAAUUACCUUGUGGCCACAUAUUUGACCCCAGCUGCAUUGACCCGUUUCUCAUGGAGAACAGCAGCCUGUGUCCAUUGUGCAAGAAGAGCCUCCGUCAGCUGAACGCCAUCCACCGUGCUUCGCGUCCCUCCCGCCCCGACAAGGCCCGCCGCCUCGGCUACAAGGCCAAGCAGGGCUAUGUUAUCUACCGCAUCCGUGUCCGCCGCGGUGGUCGCAAGCGCCCUGUUCCCAAGGGUGCCACCUACGGCAAGCCCACCAACCACGGUGUCAACCAGCUCAAGUACCAGCGUGCCCUCAAGGCCACCGCUGAGGAGCGUGUUGGCCGCCGCUGCGCCAACCUGCGUGUCCUGAACUCCUACUGGAUCAACCAGGACUCGACCUACAAGUACUUCGAGGUCAUCUGCGUUGACCCCCAGCACAAGGCUAUCCGCCGCGAUGCUCGCAUCAACUGGAUCUGCAAGCCUCACCGCGAGAGCCGUGGCCUCACUGCCACCGGCAAGAAGUCCCGUGGCAUGAACAAGGGCCACCGCUACAACAACACCAAGGCCGGCCGCCGUCACACCUGGAAGAUCCACAACACCCAGAGCGUGUGGCGUUACCGUUAA